AGUGAAGCAGCAGGACUUGAGGCAAGCCUUUCCAUGCCUAAGACUAAGAAAGACACUAUGGAAUCCACUAUGGACAGCCUCCUGAUGAAGCAGAGGAAAUUUCUUUACCAUUUCAAGAAUGUCCGCUGGGCUAAGGGUCGCCAUGAAACCUACUUGUGCUACGUGGUGAAGCGACGGGAUAGCGCCACCUCCUUUUCACUGGACUUUGGUCACCUUCGAAACAAGUCGGGCUGCCACGUGGAGCUGCUCUUCCUCCGCUACAUCUCCGACUGGGACCUGGACCCUGGCCGGUGCUACCGCGUCACCUGGUUCACCUCCUGGAGCCCCUGCUACGACUGCGCUCGGCACGUGGCCGACUUUCUGAGAGGGUACCCCAACCUCAGCCUGAGGAUCUUCACCGCGCGCCUCUACUUCUGCGAGGACCGCAAGGCUGAGCCCGAGGGGCUGCGGCGGCUGCACCGCGCGGGGGUCCAGAUAGCCAUCAUGACCUUCAAAGAUUAUUUUUAUUGCUGGAAUACUUUUGUGGAAAAUCGUGAAAAAACUUUCAAAGCCUGGGAGGGGUUGCACGAAAAUUCCGUCCGACUAUCCAGACAGCUUCGACGCAUUCUGUUGCCCCUGUAUGAGGUUGAUGACUUACGAGAUGCAUUUCGUACUUUGGGACUUUGAUAUCAUCCUCUCAAGAAAUGUCACUUAGGAUGAACCAUCUCUGAAGACAGUGGGUAAAAAGACAAUCUUGCAAGCAUUUUGUUUUUCUUCAACUCUCAUUUCCUUAAGAGUUUAGAGAGAAAAUAUUCAUAUACAGGACUUUGUUAAAAGCAAAACAAAACAAAACCCGGUCUUUAACGUACAGAAGGAACACAGGCCCACCUGGGUAAUGCUGCAACUGGCGCAGCUUUUAAUGCAAUAACGCCCCCUACUGGGAAAUGACAGAAUUGCAGGAAGCACCUAAAGUAUGUUCUAGGACUCUGGCAGGGAGGAAACAAAAGGUAAACCUGUAAAACCAUGGUGAGAAGAUCAAACGUUUAUAAUAUGUAUCCUUUAUUAUCUGAUUCAUACGGAAUUUUCAAUGAUAUUGGUGAUAGAUUUUUCUACUCUUUUCCUUUGGGGUUCAUUUUCAAGUGAACAAACUCACACCAGUCCAUGAUCUAUAUAGAACCUCCUAAUGGAAGGAUCUGGGUUGUAACCCCCAAACAUCUUCCCAGGGCAUUAAUAUCUAACUAUGUACUGUAUGUUUUCAUUGUCUCAGGUAUGUUUUUAUGUUUGUACAUAGAACAAUUCUUUCUCUUGGUAUGAAAUAUGCAUGAUCGCCUUCAGGCUAUUUUAUAAUAAAAGAUCUUAAAGUGAA